GGGAAACCUUCCGGACGUUUCUGAUUGUCGUUCUCUUCCAUAUUGGUUUCAGAAGCGUACGGAGCUCACGGAUAAUUAAUCCGUAGCAAUCGAGGAAUUCUAGACUCAUCUAGUUUCCUCAACCCGUAAGAAUGAGAGCAAAGUGGCGUAAGAAGCGUAUGCGGAGGCUAAAGCGUAAAAGGAGGAAGAUGCGUGCAAGGUCCAAGUAGACUGGCAUCUUCAAUUCUUCGUUCGACCAAUUUUUCACUGUUUAACACCAUUUGACUCUCCUGGAACAACUGGAGCCUCACAAUUUUAUACAUCUUGGAUAAAAAAGCUUGAGAUCAUUCUGCAACGUUGAUCGUACGAAGAUGAACCUAAAAACCGAAAAAUGUAUUUUUUUUUUACUUUGCAUAGUUAUUAAAAGAGACUAUCAAGGUAUCAUUGUCUUACACGUUCUUUCGAGCACCUUUCCUUAUCCUAAAGAUAAAACACUCAAUAAGUAAAGUAGUAAUCCAACAAAUAAACAACAUAUUCAAUAUUAAAAACUUCAACCAAUUGUAAAGCAAGCGAAGAGCAUAAAAUGAUUGAAAACGAGGCCGAAGGACCUCGGGCAAUGGCCAUUUGUAAGAAUGUAUGUUCCUGGCAAUAAAUAACGUUAAAAGUUGAAGUUAAUUAAUUGAAAACUUGAGAAACCGACCGCAAGACAAAUUUAGUCAGUGCCGCAAAAAUCGAAGAAGAAGAAAACGAAAAUUUGAGAAAAAAUAUUUUCACGAGGAGUUUAGUAGCACAUGUCGAUAUUUUUUCUACUCCCUAAGCAUCCCCAAAAACCACGUGACAUCAACAUAACCUCAAAGAGAGUCUUCAGUUUUUUUUCACCUGCUCCAAAAAUGUGUAGCGUAAUUUCUCGAAACGUUUUUAGUGCAGGAAGAUUUUUAUACAGAUCUUCAUACGCCUACACGUGUAAAGUGCUCGAGUUCUCACAGAUUACAUCGAGGAGAACUUAUUCUAGUGAUGAAACAAGCAAAAAAAAUCUAUCUGAGGAAAAUGAAGUAGAUAGAGAGGAGGGUAACCUCCUGUCACCGGCUGUGAGGUCGAAUUUCCAGCCGUUCCGAGAGGAAGACGCUCCGGUGAUUUUUGAUGUCGAUGAGGAGAAGAAGAGGCUCGACCUGGAGGCCUUCAAUGCCAUGCAGGAUGUCCAUGAUCCAUAUGAGGGACUCAAUAUGAAGCGAGGUGUUGAUGGGGUUUUUGAGAUUGAGGACCUCGUGGAUCUGCUGAGGAAGGACAAAGCUCAAAAUAUAUUUGUUGCGACGGUUCCAAAGGAACUGAGUUACGUGGAUUACUUGGUGAUAGUUACUGGGAAAUCUCCGAGACACAUGAUUGCCCUCGCCACCUUCGUUAGGAAAGCAUAUAAAUUGAAGAGAAAUGAUGAAGAUAUAAUUCCCAAAGUCGAAGGAGCUAAUUCAAAAGAUUGGAUCGCUCUAGAUUUAGGAAACAUCGCACUCCAUAUCUUUUCAAAAAGUGCAAGAGAACUUUACGACUUGGAAACACUCUGGGCAGUGGGCGCUGAAUACGAUAACCAAUUGAACCAAGCAGAUUCCGAAGAAGAAUUCGAAGACCGAUACAUGAAAUUCUUGGAGGGAUUGCAACCAGCUGAUGAGCCAGAAACCCCCCCGGUAUCGACUUUAUUAAUGAAAUCAGUGUAAAUAGGAUUUUCAAAUAUAUAAAACAGUUCCACGAAUUUA